GACAUGCACUUGACCAAUAACCUAUUUUUUCUAUGGCAAUAACACAAGAUGGCUCACUGUAACUACAAUAAAUUCUCACAUUUAUUCAAAUUAACAACCUCUAACCUAAAUAAACCAACAGUGUUACGGACAGGGAGAGACAUUCAACAUGCUCCACAACGCUGCAAAUAUUUCAUACGUUUUCAUAAGACCUCAGGUCCUGAGAGGUCGUUGCAGGAGAGACAGAAGCAGCACAUGGCUCGUGGCUUGCCCAAACAAAAGCCCAUUGCUGGAGUGAAACAAGUUAUUGUGGUGGCCUCAGGGAAGGGGGGUGUUGGGAAAUCAACCACUGCAGUGAAUUUGGCCCUUGGACUCACAGCUAAUGAUCCAAGUAAAACUGUGGGGAUCUUAGACGCUGAUGUUUACGGUCCCUCAAUUCCUAAGCUGAUGAGCCUGAAGGGGAACCCAGAACUAACUGACAACAACCUAAUGAGACCACUUAUGAAUUUUGGGAUUCCUUGUAUGUCCAUGGGGUUUCUGGUAGAGGAUGUUGCACCCAUUGUCUGGAGGGGCCUGAUGGUGAUGUCAGCUAUAGAGAAGCUACUUAGACAGGUAGAUUGGGGACUGCUGGACUACCUGGUUAUUGACAUGCCACCUGGGACUGGAGAUGUUCAGUUAUCAAUCACUCAGAACGUCCCAAUAGCAGGGGCAGUGAUCGUGUCCACUCCUCAGGAUAUUGCCUUGCUGGAUGCACGCAGAGGAGCAGAAAUGUUCAGAAAGGUCAAUGUACCGGUCCUGGGCAUAGUCCAGAAUAUGAGCGUGUUUCAGUGCCCCAAGUGUAACCACCAGACCCACAUCUUUGGGGCAGAUGGAGCAAGGGCCCUUGCUGAUACUCUGGGAGUACAAGUAUUGGGAGACAUUCCUCUACACCUGAGCAUCAGAGAGAUGUCAGACAGAGGCCAGCCUGUAGUGGUGUCCUCACCUGACAGCCCUGAGGCUGAGGCCUACAGAAAGGUGGCGACUGCCGUGGUCCAGCGUCUAGAAGAACUCUCUGGUUGAGUUAUUGCCCUCUACUGUGUAGGAUAACUGGACAACUCGUCAUCUACAGGAGAUUCAGUGCAUUC